CACAUUCUCAGUGAGCAGCACAGAGGCUGUUGCAGGGCGACCGCAGCAGCAACGGGGCAUGGGCAGGGUUGCCAGCACUUGAGUGUAAUUCCGCGUGGGAGGAGGAAGGAUGGGUGUGUUGGAGUGUAUCUAGCCUUUUCUCUUCACACGUUCUGCUGUGCGCACAGACUGAAGACAAGGCGCGAGAGAAGUCCACCUCUCCAUGUGAUGCGCAGCGGGUCGGUGAAGGCGCAGCAUGCUCCCCCUCCCUCGUCUCCAGCUUCAACAUUUGUGAAGUGGCUUCCUCUCCCGCUCGGACCGGAGGCCGACUGGUCUCUGAUCUGGUCUCUGGAGUCACCGGAGACUCGACGCGCUCCGUCAGGGCCAGGCUGUGCGGCUCCCGGAUCAGACCCGAGCCACCUCGAGCUCUGGCGAUGGAGAUGAUGGAGGGAGACGUUAUGGACAAACUGGAAGACGUGUCGUCGGUGUACGACUUCGACCCGAUCACCGGCAACAUCCCCGCCACCAAAGUAGAAAUCACCGUCUCCUGCAGAGAUCUGCUGGAUAAAGACACAUUCUCAAAGUCAGAUCCAUUAUGUGUGCUUUAUACGCAAGGUGUUGAAACCAAACAGUGGAGAGAGUUUGGCAGAACAGAGGUGAUAGAUAACACCCUAAACCCAGACUUUGUUCGAAAGUACAUCCUGGACUACUUUUUUGAGGAGAAGCAGAAUCUUCGCUUCGACUUGUAUGAUGUUGACUCCAAAAGCCCAGACCUGUCCAAACAUCCCGCAGAACUCAACGACUUUUUGGGUCAGACGUUCUGUACUCUUGGGGAGAUUGUUGGAUCGCCAGCCAGUCGACUGGAGAAACCACUGGGAGGAAUCCAAGGGAAGAAAUGUGGCACUGUCGUCCUGUCCGCAGAGGAGCUGAGCAAUUGUCGAGACAGCGCCACAAUGCAGUUCUGUGCCAACAAGCUAGACAAGAAGGACUUCUUUGGCAAGUCGGACCCUUUCAUGGUCUUCUAUAGAAGCAACGAGGACGGAACGUUUACUAUCUGCCAUAAAACAGAGGUGGUGAAGAACACAUUAAAUCCAGUGUGGCAGCCUUUCACUAUCCCAGUACGAGCGCUCUGCAAUGGAGACUACGACAGAACUAUCAAGGUGGAGGUGUACGAUUGGGAUAGGGAUGGCAGCCAUGACUUCAUUGGGGAUUUUACAACCAGCUACCGAGAGCUAGCUCGGGGGCAGAGCCAGUUUAAUGUCUACGAGGUGAUUAAUGCCAAGAAGAAAAUGAAGAAAAAGAAAUAUGUCAACUCUGGGACAGUGACACUGCUCUCGUUCUCGGUGGAGUCAGAGUUCACUUUCUUAGAUUACAUCAAAGGCGGGACACAGAUCAAUUUCACUGUGGCCAUCGAUUUCACAGCAUCUAAUGGCAAUCCGUCCCAAUCCACUUCGCUGCACUACAUGAACCCCUACCAGCUGAACGCCUACGCCAUGGCCCUGAGGGCUGUUGGGGAGAUCAUUCAGGACUAUGACAGUGACAAGAUGUUCCCCGCUUUGGGCUUUGGAGCCAAACUGCCCCCUGAUGGACGGGUUUCACACGAGUUUCCACUGAAUGGAGACAUGGAAAAUCCAUACUGCAAUGGUAUUGAGGGCAUCUUAGAGGCAUACCACCAGAGUCUGAAGACAGUUCAGCUGUACGGGCCAACUAACUUCGCUCCUGUGGUGAAUCAUGUUGCCAGGUAUGCAGCUGCGGUGCAGGACGGCUCUCAGUAUUAUGUGCUCCUCAUCAUCACAGACGGCGUCAUUUCCGACAUGGCCCAGACCAAAGAGGCCAUUGUAAAUGGUGCCAAGCUUCCCAUGUCCAUCAUCAUAGUUGGAGUGGGUCAGGCUGAGUUUGACGCUAUGGUGGAGCUGGAUGGUGAUGACAUCAGGAUCUCAUCGCGGGGGAAACUAGCAGAGAGAGACAUUGUUCAGUUUGUUCCCUUCAGAGAUUACAUGGACCGGACAGGCAACCACGUGUUAAGCAUGGCUCGGCUCGCUAAAGAUGUGCUAGCAGAGAUCCCGGACCAGUUAAUCUCUUACAUGAAGAGCAGGGGGAUCAAACCCAACCCAGCGCCACCUCCCUACACACCUCCCGGACAGACACACCACCACACACAGAUCUGAAGCCCUCGUCUUCGCUUUUCACUGAGUACUGACAGCAUGCAGCAGCCACUCAAAGUCCAGUGGGAACUCUCUACCUCCUGUUUUGGUGCAAACAGGAGGUGACGCACUAGGAAAUGGGUGUUGAAUUUUGUGCCGUAUACUCCCAAGUGACUAUUGGAGCAGCUUUUUUGGGGGGCUUUUUCUCUGUGAUAUAUUCAUUUGGAUGAUUUCUCAGAGAGGCUCAAACUUUUAAUCCAACACUGAGGCAGUGACUGUUUCACGUCUAAUUUGACAGCAGGUUGGUUCAAAAAGGUCAUGUUGUGGUUUAAACUUGUGCCUGUCUGUGGUUGUUUCUCUAAUUGUAUCAGGACAUGUGAUCUUUGACCUAAGCCUUGCUCAUCAGUAUUUGGUGUGGCCUAAUGCAGUGAUAUUUUUUAGUCACCUUUUUCCCUUCUGGAAAUUAGUUUUUGUAUUUGGGGAUUAUCUCUAUAUCUGCUAAUGCAUCGGUUAUAAUCAAGGAGAAAUUGCAGGUGUGUAGUUUACAGUUUAUUACAUUACCAACUUUAAAUCAGGCUUUUCAUACCUUAAGGUGUCACCUCCACUCUUCUUUAUUAAGUAAAUGUUUAUAAGAGCAUGUUGUAUGAGAAGUUAAUUCCCCAUAUCCCAGUAUAUUUAUUCUCCAAUGUUAUUUAGAGUGGCAUGGGCAUUUAAUAGAUCUGUUUUGAAGUGGGGCCAAUUAUUUAAGUUAUUGCAAAUAAGAAGCACAACUUGUCUCUAUACCAAGGACAGUAUUAUGAUGAUGCUACCAGGUUGAAUCAUAUUUAAUCAUUUUGAGUGCUGCCAUUCAUUGUUUCUGAGGAAAGUGAAAGGAUCUCAUUCAAUAAGGGUAAACUUCCAUCACAAAGGAUGAUGUUGCACAAGAGGAACAUUAACCAAUUACUCGUAAUCUGUUUUCAUAAUCCACAAAAAAAUGCAUUUGUUUGGUAAUAUUUCGUAAAUAAAGUUACCAUAUAAGUAAAAUACGGACCAUGAAAGAGGAAAAAGAAAUAAAGGCCACAAAAUUCAACAAAAGAUGUCAUAAAUACUAUUAAUAGCUGUAGUCAACCUGGCAAAGCAGGCAAUAACCACUAAAAAUACACUAUUAUAUACACCACUAAAGCACAAUAUACACGGACAGUAAGGGUCAUAAGGCAAUGGUUGUUGCCAAGUCUUGUAGAUUGAAUUCUCAUUUCAUACCUUUCCUAUAUGUACAUGUCACAUAUGAAUGAUAUAAAUGUGUAUUUUAUCAAAAUAUGAUUAACUGACACACAGCAAACAUAGGGCACAGGUAGCACUCCAAUGUAGGAGCACUGCUAUGUUUAUUGGUUUAGGGCGCACAUGUAAUUCCUGCCCCAGGUACCAAUGGCAGCUUAAUCCGGCCCUGAUUCGGUUGCAGACACACCACCUCUGCAACUCAAAGAUGACCAUUUCAGUGGAAAUCCGUAAGUCCCCAACGGCCACGCAUCAGCAGCCACAAAACCUCCGUCGUCAUAGACUUUACACUGUAAGUUGAUGCGAUCAUCGCCAGUGUUCCUCUUACAGUCCAGUCCUUGCAGCAGUGCAAGUCUCUGUUGGGAGACAAUUUACAAGUGGUCUCCAGAGCUUUAGGAUUUAUGUGCAUUACAUCUAGCAUAUGAGUAAUUCUCUCAUGUGUAAACACAUUAACAAUCUGUUUAUACCACAGGGUAAAGAGGGAUCCGUUUGUGCUAAUCUUAGUUUGGCUUUAUGUAUCUUACCAUCUGUGACAUCAGUUUAGUGUGAAGAAACCAAAACAAACUGGCUUUCAAGUGGCAGAUCCAAUUUCACCGCAUCAGUAACGAAGCUUGUCAUUUGUGAUGCGUCCUCGCACAAUGAUGAAACAACAAUCCCUGACAGCAAUCCCUGUUGCCUUAAACAAACGCAGAGCUCAUACUGUAAAAAAUUGGAAAUUGCAGGAAUGUGAUCCAUGAUCAGUAAACAAAAGGGUUCAUACGGAGGAUUAUAACAAUAACAAGGAAGAGAUUGAUAAAAGUGCAGAAUACUUUGUAACACUCUUUUCUCCCAUCAUACCUGUCAUCUGACAGAUCACAUAGUAUUCCUGCUCAAUUUGCACUAACAAUGUUUGUUUUGUUUCUCAUUGUUCAUCGUGACAUAGUCUGCUAGCCACAUCAUUAGCCUUUCUACGUUAGGCUUUGUACUUAAAAAAGGAACAGGACACCCAACUUAAAAAUCAUGCAGUAGGCAAGGAAAGGCUCAAUUUGAAAGCAGCCAUACAAAUAUUGCAUAAAUAAGGGUAUUUCCAUGGAAUGCAGAUUCUUUUUUUAUUUGCUUUAUUGAAUGUUUAACCACAAUAGCAGUGGGGCUGUGGGGAUGCAAAUGUUGGACACUUUGGUCUGACAGAAAUUUCUCCACAACUAUUGUAUGGUUUGUCAUGAAAUUUUAAAUGUAUCCUAAAGACUGCGGUGACUCCCUGACUUUACCUCUUGUCACUGUGAGCAUCUUGAUGUUAGCAUUUAGCCCAACACAACGCUUUGUGUACGUGCCGCCUCACAGAGCUGCUAGCAUGGCUGUAUCUUGUUCAUCUUUUUUUUUUAGCAUCACAUGAACAUAAACUGCUUCCUAAUCUUACUUUUUCAAUCUGUGUCAAUCUUUCACAGCGGCCAUUGUUCUUCUUUUAGUAUUAUUCCAGUUUCACUUGGUUUUGUUUACUAUUCUAACCUUCAUGCUUCCUUCAUUGCUGUAGAGAGUAAACAAACAAUGCUACAAUGUGUAUAAUAGACUGUAAAAGGGGUUGUUUCCUUUUUAACUGACAUAGCGAGGCAGAGGCAGAAUUAAUCUGAGCUAAAAUGGUUCUAUUCAAAAUGUCGAAUGUAGCAAACUAAAGGUCUUAAUCAUGUGAAAGGCAUGUCACUGCAUCUCAUUUAGUCCUGUACUGAAAAUCAGCUCAGGUGGAAGGUAUGGCUCCCGGGUGGAGGAGAGGAAAAUAUUUGAUGGUGGUCAAAACAGCUAUUUGCUUGUCAAUCCUUGUUCUUUUCUUAGUUACCAGUGAAAAAAUAAGAGUCGACUUCUAUUAGAUGGAAAGUGUAUGAACGCCUGGUUUGCAAAGAGAUCCCAACAGCACUUUAUCCUCACGAGGAGUGCUUGUUGUAUAUGUUUGAUAUAUUUUUGGCAAUAUUACUGUAUUGAAGAUAUUUAUUUAUCUAUUUUUGGAGUUUGUAUGACAAGCCAUCGCUCCUGUCCAUUAUGCCAUUACGGUGACCUGUUAACAUCCCGAUUUAUUAGUGUGAUGGGUUGACUGCAUGUUUUCUUGGGGUACAUAAAAGAGUGCCACCGUCUGUAUAAUAGGAACCAGCCCAACCAGAUUACAUGCAUGCCUGUGCCAAACAAGGCAGUAAGCUCUGUGGACGGUUUGCUAUUUCUUCUCUCUUGUGCCUGGUUCUCCAAACAUUUCUUGUCUCACAACUGUAGCUUAAUUAGCGUGUUACAGUCAAAACUUUUUUAUAUUAAUUUUGUCAAAUCCCACAAUCUCUCUAUUGUUUGUACCUCGAGUUUUCUGAUUUGCAUGAUUCCCUACUUUUCUUUAAAUGGGUUUUUAUUGUACAUGAUUAUUGUCAUAUGAUGGGUUGUGAAAUGCUUUGUAUUGGAUUGCCUUAACUAAAAUCAAUUAAAAAAUGAAUACUUUUGUAAAAGUUA